UUUAAUGUGACAAUAAUUUAAAAUCACAUCAGUUUGCUUUGUCAAGACACUAAUCCUCGGUUAUUUCUAGUAGUUGUGUAUCAUGCCCCUUAUUGAGGAAAUUUCGGCUGAGGAAGCUGGGGAAUUUAAAUCAGACAAGGAAUCACAAAGUGACAGCAACAGGCAGGAUGAUAUCAAGAAAGCUAAUAAGUUUCCUAAAGCAAAUGCAGUGGACAUCAAAGAAGUUAUGAAAACAAAUGAUGAUUUCAGCAACAAGAACAGCAAGGAUGACAAUGAUGAAGAUGAAGGACCCAGAAUGACGGUAGAAGCAAUUAAGAAGAUUUGCAAGACACACAAAGGAUACUCUACACCAGAAUUGAAUGAGAUCUUGUACUUGCACUUUCAAGGUUUUGGAAAAAUUGAAAAUCUGGAAUUGUACACUGGGGUUAAAUGCUUGUGGUUGGAGGCAAAUGGAAUACAAGAGAUAGAGAAUCUAGAUAAUCAAAAAGAGUUGAAGUGCCUGUACCUGCAACAAAACUUACUGCAUUCUAUUGAAAAUUUAGAGCCAGUUGUUCAAUUGCACACUCUCAAUGUCAGCAACAACUACAUCAUGAAGAUUGAAAACCUUGUCCCAUCCAUGCAUACUCUUCAGAUCUCAAAGAAUAGGUUGAAGAACAGUGAUGCCUUGGAUGGUUUAAUGGGGGCACCAAACAUAUCUGUUAUUGAUUUAUCACACAAUAGUCUUGAGGAUCCGUGUAUUAUUGAUGUUCUUGAAAAGCUGCCUGAACUUUCUGUACUAAAUCUAAUGGGUAACCCUGUCAUCAAGAAAAUAAAGAAUUACAGAAAGGUCCUGACUGUCCGUCUAGCCAAUCUAAAGUACUUGGACGACAGACCAGUGUUUCCCAAAGACAGAGCGUGUGCUGAAGCAUGGGCACGUGGUGGUGUUGAGGCAGAGAAAGAGGAAAGGAUAAGAUGGAAUGACAGGGAACGAGCUAAGAUUGAGUCAUGCUUCAGUGCCAUGUCACGACUGAAGAAGGACGCUGUUGAAAAGAAAGGGGUGUAUGAAGGCACUACUCGAACAAAAAGUGGUCUGUUGAUACCAAAAUCUCUUGCGCCUAAAGCUGAUGAAACUGAAAAGUCUGGCCUUCUGAAAGAACAAGAAGAACCCCAAACAAUCAGAGCCCCAAACACAACCGGUGUACAGCAGAAUGUUGAAGAAGAGUUUGAUGACUUGCCUGCUCUAGAAGAACCCGAUCUUACUCUAGAAGGAUCUUCAAACCUUACAGAAAAUCAACAGACAGUAUCAUCGCCUGUUACUGUUCAACCUGAGGUAGAAAAACAAUCGGAAAUAAUUGAAGUUAACGUACCAUCUAGUGAGCCUACUUCUAUUUUUGGAAAGCAGAAAGUAUCGAAGAAGUCCAGUGAUAUAUUUGCGGAUCUUGUUUCUGACAGUGAUGCAAGUGAUGAUGAAAACGAGGAAGACAAAGAGAAAUCAAAUUCCAGUGACCAUUUUCUAAUUGAACAAAGCACUAACUCUAAUGGUAUUCAAGAAGUUAGCCCUCCAACUAAGUCAGGCAACAAACUUAUCAUAGAAGAAGUUGAAAGCUCAGACAAGAACACUUCCUUCACCCCCUCUACCUCCUCCAAACCAAGGAUAGAAACACUCUCCUCUCCUACCGAGGCAAAAAAGAAUCCUUUCCUGAUCACAGAAGUUCACAGCAACGAUCUCUCAGACAUGUUCGCCAGACAGGACGACAUACGUAACGAUGAUGUGGAACAAAUGUAUGUGGGUGAUGCCCAUGAAGAGGCUCAAGGUGUUAGGGCUGUUCCUCCAGGAAAUGAUGACUUUCUGUCAAGGAUGGGUCAGACCAUACAAAAGAACAACAACAACAAGAGUAAGCGGCCAACAUCUGGAGCUGAUGACGAUUUAGACUGACGAUCCCCGAUUUGUUUUUUAUCAGAAAAGAUUUCACUUUGCUGAGGGCUUAGUUCAGAAAACCGGAUCUAGGGAGCCCUCCUCGCCCUAUACUACCUUCUAUACGAGGCAAACAGAACACAGGCUUUGAACUUCCUGAUUGCUUGCUGAUUACUUUUGGAAUUAAUAAAAACUUGAAUAUUGUCAUGACUCCAGCGAGAGGUCACAGCAAGCUAGGAAUAAAUUAUUUAUUUUUAUUUGUUAAUACCAAGUUCUAUGAUGGAGCGCUCACAGUUACACAGUAUGAACUGAUGUGUUGAAAUUAUAACAUUGGUGUGGAUCAUCAAUUUAUUUGAUCUUCAUUCACUGUGACCUGGAAUCAGUAGAAAAAUUAUCUGAUUUUCCAGUGACCCUUGUAUAAGUUAAUAAUCGUUCAUAUUUUUCGUGGAUAAAGUUGAACUUUAUUUUGACGUGAUCCUUUUAAUAUGCUCAGAGGAGCGGGUCUGUGUAACAAUUAAUGUUUCUGUAAAUAUUGUCGCGAUGAUGCACUACUUUAUUGGA